AUGGCGUACCACCAGUCGCUUCGAAGAACUCCUCCGGCGCAUCAAGCGCGACCUGCCUCGUACUCAUGUAAGAGUGCUCGGGGGGAGUUUGAAAUCUGCUCAGACCAACCCCUGAGUGCUCGGCUCAGUGACUGCGUGUAUGCAAAUGAAGAGGAGAUUAAUUAUUUCUUACCCACCAACGAUUACACAGCACGCUACAACUCGUAUAUAACAAUAAUUCCAUAUUGCCUCCCACCACGUCAUUAUCUAUAUCAUCAGCAACAGCAACAGGGACCCCCGGGUGAUAACGAAGAGGAGGACAAUCCCUGGACUGAGCGGGAGUACUAUGGCGUACCGCCAGUCGCCAUCAACAUUACCUUCGAAGAACUCCUCCGACGCAUCAGGCGCGACGCUGCUCCGCAUUCAUGUAAGAAAAUAGUAAUUAAGAGUGCUCGGGGGGAAUUUGAAUUUGGCGUCUAUAUCAACAGUGCCAUUGGCACCCGAACCAUCAGCAGACAUUAUCAUCAACGACGUCUCCAACAAUCACAGAGUCACCAAUUGAGGUCGGAAGCCGCAGAAGUAUUAAACGGCCGUAAAAAUCCCAACUUACAGUCGGAAGACCGGCAAAUAGUAGUGGGAAUUGUUCGCAAUGUGUG